AUGCCAAUAGACCAUGAAGUCAUGGUUGGUCCCGAUGAUGAGAAUGAAAAAGUAAUUGAAACACUUAUCAAGGAUUUUGAGGAUCGGCUCAGUGUCUCAAGUACCAUACAGAGUCUUCCUAAUUCCUCUCAUAGCUUAAGAGCACCAGAAGUUAGCCAGACUUCUAGCCGCAUGCUAUCACAAGGUAAAAUGCCAAUAGCUCGUGAAAUCAUGGUUGGUCUUGAUGAUGAGGCAGCAAAAGUAAUUGAACGACUUGUAAGGGGAUCAAAACAGGUGGAAAUUGUUCCCAUUGUGGGAAUGGCUGGGCUUGCUCUACAAAAGCUGAAGCGGAAGAGGUAUCUUGUUGUUUUUGAUGAUGUCUGGGACAUUAAGGUAUGGAAUGAGCUGAGAAUUUCAUUCCCAGAUGGCAAAAACCAAAGUAGAAUCAUCUUCACUAGUCGAUCUUCUAAUGUAGCUUCACAGGUUCAAUAUGGUGGAGAACCUCACAAGAUUCGCCGCCUUACUGUCGAAGAGAGUUUCGAAUUGCUGCAGAAGAAGGUGUUUGGAGAAGAAGAAGAAUGUUCUCAAGCAUUGCAUGGAUGGGGCAUGGAGAUUGUCAAAAAGUGCUGGGGAUUGCCACUUGCACUUGUUGUUGUAGCUGGAGUCCAAGCAACUAUAGAGCAUGAUAUUUGUGUUUGGGAAGAAUUUGCUGAAAGUUUAACUUCAACCACCGUGUCUGAUGCAGAACAAUGCAAAAGGUCGAUGGAGCUUAGUUAUGAGCAUCUCCCAUAUCACUUGAAGGCAUGCUUGCUGUAUUUUGCUGCAUUUCGAGAAGAUGAAAAAAUUGGUGCCAAGAAGUUGAUGUGUCUCUGGAUUGCAGAAGGGUUUGUGGAAAUAAUUGAAGGAAAGAGAUUAGAGGAUAUUGCAGAAGAAUAUCUGAUGGACCUAAUUGGCCGAAACCUAGUUAUGGUAGGUACUCUGCUAUUCUUUGGUGCUACUCCAGGAUGUGAGUUUGACUUGCUUAAUAUCUCCUUCCUUUUUUGCAUCUACAAACAUCUUAACGUUUUGAAUUUAGAGGGCAUUAACCUAAGGCUGAAGGAGCUUCCAACUGAAGUCGAAUCACUUCUUGGUUUGAGGUACGUAGCCCUUACAGCUCGGCACAUGAAAUUCAUUCCACCAUCUGUAGCCAAGCUCUCACAUUUGGAAACCUUUUGUCUAUAUUCCACCUCGGUUGUUUCAUUGCCAGAUAGCAUCUGGAACAUGAAGAAGUUGAGGCAUGUCUGUUUGAGGGGUGGCGUUGUUAUUGAGGGAGAGAACUUAUUGAGAAGGAUUCCCAACGUUCGCAGACUUAAAAUUUCCGAUCGUCAGACUGGAAAUGGAGUGUUGAACAUGAGGCAACUAGAAUGCCUAGAAUCACUCACCUGGCGGGGCAAUUACUCCUCAGAUUCACGGGAACAUGUUGAGCUUUCCUUUCCCAAGAAUUUGAAGAAGUUGAGUCUUGAAGCUCUGGGUCUUCCCUGUGGUAAAAUGUCAUUGAUUGAACAACUACCCAACCUUGAAGUCCUCAAGUUAAGAUGGCUGUCAACAACUACCCAACCUUGA